UUAGCCAAUGAAGUCCGGUGUGCGGGCCGCUGUGGUUCCGCUUCCACCUGAGCGAGGCGGCCAUGGCCGAGCCGCCGGACCGAGAGAGCCGGGAGACGCUGGCCGCCCUGGCGCUGGCCCAGGAUCGCUUCGCCAGGGGCGAAUUUGCCGAGGCGCAGGCGCUGUACUCGGCGUUCAUUGGCCAGUGCGCGAGUCGCGGGAGCAACUGCAGCCCCGAGGAUUUGGCCACCGCAUAUAACAACAGGGGGCAAACCAAGUACUUCAGCGUUGAUUUUUAUGAAGCCAUGGACGACUACACAUCCGCUAUAGAAAUCCUGCCCAACUUUGAAGUUCCGUAUUACAACAGGGGCUUGAUACGCUACAGGCUGGGAUAUUUUGAUGAAGCUUUGGAAGAUUUCAAGAAGGCACUAGACCUCAAUCCUGAGUUUCAAGAUGCUGUCUUGAGCUUCAAACAGACUAUUUUAGACAAAGAAGAAAAACAAAGAAGAAAUGCUUAGAAAAGUACUGAAACUUUUAAUUUAUUGAAAUUUUAACUCAUGAUCCUUAAAUCUCAACUAAGAUACACGUGGAACACUUUUGAUUAUAUUUAAGAAGCUGCAUUUUAGAAGUGAAAGUAAAAUAAUAUGUUUAAUCAAAGUUAUUCAUUUCAAGGAGAGACCAUGUUGGAUAGAUCUUUUAAUAGAGUAAAUAAAUAAUAUCAAUGUACAUUAUUAUAGUAAAAUAUUUAAAUCAAUAUGUAUUAUUUUUACUAAAGGUUUUAUUUUUACCACAGAUUUGUAUUCCCAACUUUUAAUUUUUUUUCCUACCCAGAGAAAGGUUGCUGGUAAGAAUACAGUCCAGACACAAAUGCCUCACAUAGGUUCACCAGUGAAUGUACCACAUUUGCUUUUUCUGUGUAGCUAAAACCAAAACCUUUCACUUCAAAGUCUGAGGCAGGAGGAUUGCUGUGAGUUCGAGGCCAGCCUGGGCUAUAGAGCCCUCAAACAAAACUCAACAAAAUAAGACAAAACCGAGACAGUUUUUUUUGUUGACCCACUUGAGAAUGAGAUACUGACGUCACAGUACUUCAUCCCUAAACAGUUCUGCCCGCAUUUUCGUAAGGACAAUCCUUCAUGGCCACACGCCACUGUAACACCUAGUAAAAAUAAUACUCUAGCGUGCUCCAUAUCCAGGCCAUGUUCACAUUUCCCCGUGACUUCAGAUAAUUGUAUCACGUUCUCCUGUCUCAGUUCUUUCCCUCUGGGGUCACCCCUGCUCAUUUUCUCUCCACACCUCUUUGAGAACUCACUCCCUUUACAUAUGGUAAUGGGCCGAGAGACAGGACUCCUGGCCUUCAAAAUAAGCACUCGCUUAUGAGAGAGCAGUUGGAAACAAUUCUUCCGCGCUUGAUUUUUUUUUUUUAAUAAAAAUUAUUAGAAAGAUGGGCAAAGGUUUAAGUAUCAAAUAUAGUUUCUGUCUCUGGAUGAGUAUAAUAAUUGACACCAGCAGCGUUUCUCGAAUACUUAGUACAAGCUAAAUCCUGCUCAAAGUCUUCAUGAAAUGAGCAGGGAGGAGAGGGAGGCGACAGAGCGACCAAAGCACACGUUAACCCAAAGCUUCAAGAUUCUGUUCUGGGUUCUGCCAACAAACAGCAGGGCUCUCAGGACCUGGGAAGAGCCUGGAGGAAGCCAGCCGAAGCCAGCCUGUCCCUUCCACAGCUUUGUUUUUAUUGUUGUGGUUUGGCAUUCCAAGAUACAGACCCUCAACUUGAGGUCUCCCAAACUGGUUUAUUGCUGCUGUGGGAAAGCUGUUCUGGGCGGAAAUUGCUCCCAUUGGAGAGAGACGGAGCGCAUUUGCCUGGCAUCGCAGCCGGCAGAACUCCCUUGGUUUCAGAUGCCAUCACUAUCAUUACCCUUGACUGGAAUUUUUUUCUUUUUCUUCUCUUUGUUUCGAAGUCGUCUCAUGAAGGAGAGACAGCAAAUCCCCUCUUCGUCUUUCGUAAACAACAUCCGGCGAAAUCCUCGGAGAAUCCGCAGGUGAACGAGUACGCGGGGAAAUUAGGUGCGGAGGCCAGAAAUGAAAAGUUGUUUUAUUUUGGCAAUCGCUCACAUUUUCCAAAAUGAUUUAUUUCUGUUUGGAAGGGCAUUAAAAGAAUUUAUAAUGUUGUAUGAAAGCAGAAAGCUCGCUUUUUAAACGGCUUUUCUGUUAAAAAAUAAAAAUAAAGGAACGCAAGCUAUCCUGACCUUGGGAGAGCUAAACACAAUUCCACCCAGAGAAUCAAGUAAUACUUAAACAAUUUUAUUUUCUCUUGGCUCAUGCUCUCUCUCUUUUUUACUCAUGACUGGAAUUAGAUGUAGUAUGAAAAAGAAAACUUGUUAAAACAUUUUCAUUUGCUUUGCUACAUUUUAUCACUCAAAGUUUCUUCAUUUCUCAGAAAAACAUUUAGGAUCAGCCCUCGUCUCCACUUCGUCUCCCUUGUUUUAAACUGAACGUAGCUAAACAUUUUACCACGUUUAUCUUCUCCAGAAUUAGGCCUCUCACAUCCACGGCCCAUUUCUCAUUGACCGAGCGAUACCUGGGGUGUUUAAAUGUCGUUUAUUCUCAUGAUUGUUUCAGUUCCCCGAAAUCCAGUUCACUGCUGCUAGAAAAGUGCCUAAACUAUGACCCUGCAUUCCCCCUUCUGCAAAAAACAAAAAAACAAAACAAAAACAAACUAAAAGGACUUGCAGUUUAUUAUACAAAUUGUUUCACAAAGGAUAGUAAAAUGGAAUUAGUGGAUUUCAAUUACUUUCAAGUUUAGAAAAUUAUUUGUAACACUGGCUGAGAAACAUGGAACAGUUUUUCUCUUCCAAGGCUGGAACUGAAUGAAGCCCAUGGACUGAUCUGACAAUAGCAAACUACAGGGACAGAGCAAGCUAAAUUCCCAGUCAGCCCCCAGUCACGAUCUGAUUGCUCCUUCUAGGCAGUCCUGGGCUCCCUGGUCC